AUGUUUAAUACGCCGCGGGCAAAUAUGCAGAGCGGCGGAUUCUCAGAUCCCCUCGCGAGCGGGUACGAUGUCGACCCGUGGAGCGGGACGCAGAGUCCUGCUCGCGGUGGAACACCCGCACCCAACAUGCCCCGCAUGCCUAGCAUGCCGAGCUUGAACUCUAGCUCUUUGAACACGAGCACGAGCACCGUUACCAAUGGUAGCGGUGGCAGUGGCUUGUCGCAGACGCCAAACCUCGAUGCUCUCAUCGACGACCCACCGGAAGGAUACAUCACUCUGUUCCGGCAGCUCGAGAGCGGCGGCGCCGUCUCCCAGGCCACACUGCAUCGUAUGGUGGCGAGUGCGCGCCUCCCGACACCGGUCGCGGAAAAGAUCAUCAGCUUAACGGACGACCAGUCGCUGGGUCGCGCGGAUCUAUACCGCGCGCUCGCACUCGUCGCACUCGCCCAGUCCGAUCCAAGCUCCGAACUGACUCUCGCAGCCGUGGACGCAGCACUCCCCCUCCCAGCUCCGCGUCUGUCGGUGACAUCCGACUCGCCCGCGCCAGCACGCCCAACCCUCCCCCAGAGUCCCAGUAGCACCUUUUCCCCAUGGGACACCACGCAGCACUUCCCCCCCGCUCGUGCGACCUACGACGCGAACGGAGCGCAGAACGGCGGUAACCCCGACGCUGAGGCUGAGCGUGGGUACUGGCUACGCCUCGAGAAGGUGUCUGUCGAGCUGUGCGCACAAAAGGAAGGAUGGUUCUUGCAGAAGUACCGCGUGUCGAGUGACAAGCGGCCCGAUACGCUGUCGCGCCGUUACUCGGACUUUGUGUGGCUCCACUCGACGCUGCUACAUCGCUACCCGUUCCGCCUCCUCCCGGCCCUGCCGCCGAAAAGGAUGAACCCCGACUCAGCGUUCCUUGAGACCCGCCGUAAGGGCCUGCAGCGGUUCAUCAAUGCCCUCGUCAACCACCCCGUCGUACGUGACGAUGGUGCGCUCAACGUCUUCAUGACAGAGCCCAACUUUGAGGCGUGGCGCAAGCGCGUCAAGGUGUCGACGGAGGAGGAGAGUGCGAGCAAGCGCCUGAACCCGGCGCAGGAGAUGGCGAUCCCGGCCGACCUCGAGGACAAGUUGGAUGGCCUCCGCACGCGCCUUCCGGGGCUUGUCUCGGCGUACCAAAAGAUGGUGACGCUCGCCGAGCGCGAACUAACUCGCCGCACACAGGGCGUGACCGAGGCGACGCGCUUUGCGGUCGUGCUUGCAACCGUAUCGGAGGACAUGCCGGCUGCGUGCUACCGCUGCGUGCCAGGCGGCAAAUGUUGCGAUGUGUGUCAGGGGACCGGGCGAGGCCUAGCCACAGUGGGCUACACGUGGUCUCGCCUAGCAGAACAGCGCGAGAGAGAGUUGUCCAACCUGAGUGACGGCAUUGAGGCGCUCAAACGCCAGCGCGACCUAUACAUGGCCUUCCGUGAUCUGUUCCACCGCCACGAGCGGCUCUCUCGUGACGGCGUAGACUCGUUGCAAAAGCGCGUCGUGUCCCGCCAAUCCAAGAUCGAGGGCCUGCGCGCGGCCACCAAACCGGGAUGGGAGGACGAGGUGGGCAAGCUCACAAAUGGCAUCGAGCAAGAUAACAGUGCUAUUACGGCACUGCUCGCGCGCCGCGUGUUCGUGCGCGCGUGCAUGUGGCACGAACUCGGUGUCGUCUUUCACUCGCGGCAGGCGGCACAGGCUACCCUUGGAUGGAGGGCUUGGGUCGGCGCAGAGAGUAACGCCGUCAGGUCGGAGGGGAGGGUGUGGGACAGGCUGGGGGAGGACCUCGAGGAUAUGCCGCUCGAGUAA